ACACUAUAAAUAAGAGAGUCUCCCUUUCAAAAUGUGUACAUUUGAUUCGAAAAAGCAAGAGAAAGGAGAAAUUCAAUUUAUCGACCAUGUCACCGCCGGCGCAGACGGAGAUUGCUAACAAAAUCCUAGCAAAGCGAGCCUCGAACAACCGGAACCGUAAGUGGGCAAAACAGAGCAAAAGAAGUGGGAGUCUGAAGUGGCGGGGACUGGAGAUGGCCAUAAAGAGGGCUCGCAGUCGCAGAGCAUCCUCCAAGAGUCUUAGUUUUGAAGAAUUAACUGCGGAUCUCAACCGGUUGAAGGCGGAAAUGGCAGAAAGGAAGCCUCAACGAGGCUCAUCGGAGAGAGAUAUUAUGAGGAAAAGAUUAGCGGAUCUGCAACUCCUGGAACGGGGCGUCGCAGCCCAGAGAGGACGAAUUCAUUCAGUGGCAGAGUAUCAAAACAAGGUGUCGAAGGCAUUGGAUGAAGUGGCGACGAGGCUCCUCAACGAGGGGCUUAAUCCUCUUCCGGCCACCGUACUCCCUGGUCAUCGGAUUCAAGAUGAGAUCGAGAAGGAGCCAGUUUUUUCCGGCCAGUUCAAGAUACAGAGGCUGAGAGGGGUUCUAAGUUUUCUUAUACAAAGCUUUUUGUAUAAUUCCAGCAAAUUCAGUUUCGGAUUUUUGGGUAAAUUCCAACAGAGUUGAGAUUGGAUAAACAACAAGAUUCGGCACACACCUACGAUUUCAAUAAUGCAAAUAGGGGUUUUGAUGUUUUUUCAUUAUAUAAUUUUAUUUUUUAUUAGUAUCUUUUUCUAUUAUGGUUCAUAUAUGUUCAUUGACAUCAUUGUAAGUUUCUAACUAGACACAACGUAGUAUUGUACUACUAUAUCUAUAUAUAUGGCAUUCAAGUCUGAUCA